UCCACUUAUGGACUCAUUACUAUAAACCAGCCUAACGUAUCACGGGGACUGUGCCUUGGGAGGAUGAUCAUUUCACUCAGCUAAUGUGAGAGAAAAGAGACAUGGAGAAAUAAAAUGCCGUGAAGUCCAGGUCCACACAGCCUGUGUGGAGGGAAAUGGUUGUCUCAGGCUAUCGGCUGUACUCUGAACUGCAGUUGCCAAAGUUUCAAACCAGGGAAAAUAAACCACCGUCAAUGUGAACAGUGCAGGCAUGGAUGGGUAGCCCAUGCGCUAAGUAAGCUCAGGAUCCCCACCAUGUAUCCAUCAAGCCCGGUGGAGAUCGUCCAGUCCAAUGUGGUGUUUGACAUCAGCAGCCUCAUGCUGUAUGGGACCCAGGCCAUCCCCGUUCGCCUGAAAAUCCUCCUGGACCGGCUCUUCAGUGUGCUGAAGCAAGACGAGGUGCUACAGAUCCUCCAUGCCUUGGACUGGACGCUUCAGGACUACAUCCGUGGAUAUGUGCUGCAGGAUGCGUCUGGAAAGGUGUUGGAUCACUGGAGCAUCAUGACCAGUGAGGAGGAGGUGGCCACCUUGCAGCAGUUCCUUCGUUUUGGGGAGACCAAGUCCAUAGUUGAGCUCAUGGCGAUUCAAGAGAAAGAAGAGCAGUCCAUCAUCAUCCCGCCUUCCACGGCCAACGUGGAUAUCAGGGCUUUCAUCGAGAACUGCGGCCACAGGAGUGCCAGCCUCCCUGCUCCUGGGGACAAAGGAACCCCCAGCAGCGUACACCCUUUUGAGAACCUCAUAAACAACAUGACUUUCAUGCUGCCUUUCCAGUUCUUCAACCCUGUGCCCCCUGCACUGAUAGGGUCACUGCCUGAACAGUAUAUGCUGGAGCAGGGCCAGGACCAGAGUGAGGACCCCAAACAGGAAAUCCAUGGACCUUUCCCCGACAGCAGCUUCUUAACAUCCAAUUCUGCACCAUUUCAGGUUGAAUCGGAGCAGUGUCUAAACUGUCCAGAUACUGUUACGAACAAGGAAGACAGUGCCCAUUUAAGUGACUCCAGCUCAUACAACAUCGUCACUAGGCUCGAAAGGACACAGCUGUCCCCUGAGGGCAAAGUGAAGUCUGAGAGGCACAGCCUUGGCACAAAGAAGGGCCGCGUGUUCUGCACGGCCUGCGAGAAGACCUUCUAUGACAAAGGCACCCUAAAGAUCCACUAUAACGCCGUCCACCUGAAGAUCAAGCACAAGUGUACCAUCGAAGGGUGUAACAUGGUGUUCAGCUCCCUGAGAAGCCGCAAUCGUCACAGCGCCAACCCCAAUCCCCGGCUGCACAUGCCCAUGAACAGAAACAACAGGGACAAGGACCUACGGAACAGCCUGAGCUUGGUCGCCUCUGACCACUACAAGCGCCCAGGGUUCACGGUGACUUCUCCAGACUGUAGGCCUCUCCCUAGCUAUGCUGGUUCAGGGGAGGAGUCCAGGGGCCAGCCGGCCUUCCCAAGCGUCGGGCAGAACGGUGUGCUCUUUCCCAACCUAAAGACAGUCCAGCCUGUCCUCCCUUUCUACCGCAGCCCAGCCACUCCAGCUGAGCUAGCAAACACGCCUGGGAUGCUGCCUUCUCUCCCUCUGUUGUCCUCCUCAAUCCCAGAACAGCUGGUUUCCAACAAAAUGCCAUGCGAUGCCCUUCCCAAGAAGAAAUCCCGGAAGUCCAGCAUGCCCAUCAAAAUAGAGAAGGAGGCUGUGGAAAUAGCAAAUGAGAAGAGGCACAGUCUCAGCUCGGAGGAAGACAUGCCCCUGCAGGUGGUCAGUGACGAUGAGCUGGAGGCCUGCAGUCCUGGGUCAGGCAGGGCCCCAGAAGAGCAGCACACACAGUCAGCAUGCUUAGGGAAGCCUCUCCCAGAAGGGGAGAGGGUCUGCCGUCUCCAGUCAGUGAUCGAGCCCAGUGGUGCUAUUCCCCGAACCCCUGAGCAGGCCACACACAACUCAGAGAGAGAGGCCGAGCAGAAGCCAGCGUUGGCUAUGGUGCCAAGGGACGCCGAGGAUGGCAGCCAAGAGCUGCACCUCACUCCUGGGAUGGAGCCCUGUGUUCCUUUUCCCGACUACGUCAAACUGCAGCAGCGCCUACUGGCCGGGGGCCUCUUCAGCGCGUUGUCCAACAGGGGAAUGGCUUUUCCUUAUAUCGAAGAGUCUAAAGAGCUGGAGCACAUGGGGCUGCAUGCAUUAGCGAGGCAGAAGGAAGAAAGUCGAUACCAGUGUGACAUCUGCAAGAAGACCUUUAAGAAUGCGUGCGGUGUGAAAAUGCACCACAAGAACACGCACGCCAAAGGCACGCACGUGUGCACGGUGGAGGGCUGUACGGCCACCUUCCCUUCCCGCAGGAGCAGGGACAGACACAGUUCAAACAUAAACCUCCACCAAAAAGUACUGACCCAAGAAGCAUUGCAGAGCAGUGAGGACCACUUCCGUGCGGCUUACCUUCUGAAAGAUGUGGCUAAAGAGGCCUAUCAGGAUGUGGCUUUCACACAGCAAGCCUCCCAGACAUCCGUCAUCUUCAAGGGAACCAGCCGGAUGGGCAGUCUGGUUUAUCCAAUAGCCCAAGUCCACAGUGCCGGCCUGGAGAGCUACAACUCUGGUCCCCCAAGUGAGGGCACCGUCCUGGAUUUGAGCACUACCUCGAGCAUGAAGUCGGAGAGCAGCAGCCAUUCUUCUUGGGACUCGGACGGGGUAAGUGAGGAAGGCACCGUGCUCAUGGAGGACAGUGAUGGGACCUGUGAAGGCCCGAGCCUGGUCUCCGGGGAAGAUGAGUACCCCAUCUGCGUCCUGAUGGACAACACAGACCAGAGCCUUGCCAGCCUGCCUUCGGGAUUGCCCAUCACAUGUCACCUCUGCCAAAAGACGUACAGUAAUAAAGGGACCUUCAGGGCCCACUACAAAACUGUGCACCUCCGCCAGCUGCACAAAUGCAAGGUGCCGGGCUGCAACACCAUGUUCUCGUCUGUUCGCAGCCGAAACAGACACAGCCAGAACCCCAACCUGCACAAAAGCCUGGCCUCCUCUCCGAGUCACCUCCAGUAACAAGACUGGAUAAGCGUGGGUCAUAAUUCAGGAAUAAGUUAGUCCAAGGAAAUGGUUCUAACUUUGUUUAAUCUCAUUCGGGACAAGCCAAGCAAAAGGUAUUUGAGUUGACUUUCUAGUCUUCUACGGCAGGAUGAGCAGAAGACAAGCCUUGUGGGAAGUUGAUACCGGGGCAGCCUUUCCUAUUAUUUUUCUUUGCCCAAGAGGUUUUUCACUGACAUAACGAAAACUUGCAGAAACGCAGUUUUUCCCAGAUUUGUUUACACAUUCUCUGGGAGCGCUCUAGGGCUGCAGAUUGACAACAGGGGCCCAGGACCUGGAGGCAGCAGGAUUUAAGGUCAAUUGAGUAUCCUGGGGAAGCAGGCUGUCACCACGGGUGACGAGCCAGUCCCAAAGAUCACAUUUUUCAGUUCCUGCUUAAAUGAGUCUGAAAUCCAGACUUCAGUUUGGGAACAUGACUUUUUGAGACAGUCCUUCCAUGUGGAGUGGAAAAUUGCUUCCCCCUCCCCCGCUUGAAGCUCUCAUGUGUUACUUCAGGGAGUUCUCAGAGGAAGCGGGUUGGCCUCUAACAGGGACGUUACCAAGGAUGUUAGUUCUUGCUCCGUAACACACCCAUUCAAGAAGCUCGGGGCCCGAGGGGGGAAAUAGUUCAUGCACUUAAAAAUAGUGGUCUUCCAUUUAAUUUAAAAUAAUUUUGAUAAUAUUUAAUUUGUGUUUAUGUGAUGUGAGUAUUUGGGAUGAGUGCAGCCAUGUCACAGUAUGGCCUCUGGUCUUGCUGGAAAGCAGAAUGAGUGAUGAUGACCUAAACUUUAAAACCACUGCCUGUUUUCAUUUGGGAAAGUUCGUUUUAUGUUCCUUGUGAUUCCUGUGGAGUGAAUGUGGGCACGACUCUGGCAGGACCGUUUGUAUGUAUAUGACCAAAGCGGUUGGCGAGUGUGAUUCUGACGGUCGUUGGUUGUGCAUUUUCAGUAUUACUGGGUCCCUCAGUCUUCACCCUUCAUAAACGUGCAAGAUUAGGAUGAACUUCCAAAUUUACCUGGUAGAAAGAAGAGUAGGACAUUAUUGCCAUACCGUGUGUCUUAAUAUUUAACUUAUUCUGAAAUAUAUUCCAUGCCGUAAUACAUGUUGGCUGUUGUAGAAAGGAAUCUUACUUAAUCAGUCCUGUGGGAUGAGGCCAGCUCCUGAAAUUCAGCAUUUACAGUGCCCUAAAAGCCCACGGUAGGG